CUUUUGUUGACGUUCCGCUACUUCGACUUGGUCGAAUUUGAUAAUUGUUAACCCGGCGAAAGCUAAGAACAACGAUUCUGAAGCAUACGCCGGAGAACACAUCCUCAUUCCUUCCUUCUGCUUGGUUUGCUGAACUUGAGGUGUUAGGGUAAUAAGAAAGACAUAGAUUGAAUAGCGUGAUCAAAUGAUUUAGCUGCAUCGUUGAGUUACUUCUCAAAGAUUAGGAUCAUAUCUUAAAUUUUUUUAGAUAAAGGUUCAAUCAACAUAGAAAAAGAAUGUCUACCUUUUUACGUCAGUUUCACAUCAUAUCAUCUUUGAAGUCCAAUUAUGACAGAGAUAUUAUUCCUUUUUAUAAGGUUAUAGCACCUGUUCUGUCCAGGCACCCAGCUGUUCGUAAAAUGCACACUCAGAGUAUUAACAGAAAUCUGCAGCUGAAGUCAGUUGAUGAAAUUGAAAAUGUUUCCGGUAAGAAGAAACCUCUUGCUGUUAUUCUGGCAUGGAUGCUGGCCAAAGAAAGCCACAUUGAGAAGUUUCGCCAACUCUACAUUUCCCGAGGUUUUGAUGUACUGACUGUCAACAUGGCACCAAAGGAUUUACUCUUUCCUGUAUCUGGAUCUCAAGUGAUAGCCAAAAAUGUAUUAGAUUACUUUACUUUGCAUGAAAACUAUAAGGAUAUAGUAGUUCAUGCAUUUUCUGUUGGCGGUUAUUUAAUGGGUGAAAUGUUUGUACAAAUGCGAAAAGAUGCGGAAAAGUACAAAGAUAUCACCUCUCGUAUCCGUGGUGUUGUACUUGAUAGUGCUGUUGAUUUUGAGGGCAUACCAACUGGUUUUCCUCGUGCUGUUACCAAAAAUCCCAUUACCAUUAAAGUCCUUGAAUGGUACGUCUCAACCCAUUUAGCUCUCAUGUAUAAUGUUGCAACAAAGCAUUAUCUAACAUCUUCCAAGAAUUUCCACAACACGCCACUUAGGUGUCCUGCACUGGUGUUUGUUUCCGAAGCUGAUAAAGUAGGUAGUCCAAUUGCUAAUCAGAUGGUAAUUGAGAAUUGGCAAGCCAGGGGUGUUGAUGUAAAACUGAAAUGUUGGAAAGAUUCCAAGCAUGUAAGUCAUUUGUAUAAACACCAGGAUGAGUAUAUCUCGGAAGUUGAUAAGUUUUUGUCUAAAUUAAAUUUACUUCCCAGUAAAUUGUAAAAAAAAAAAAAAAA